AUGAGUUUCCCAUAUUGUUCUGUGUUUAACGUUGAUCCUAUCUUUUACCCGCUACAAGACUUUUGUGUUGCUGACUUGAACUCCACAACUAUUCUGAAUGGGUUCCCUUGCAAGCCAAUGUCUAAAGUUACAUCAAAUGAUUUCUUCUAUAGCGGAUUGAUGGAUGAAGCGAGCACCGCAAAUCCCUUAGGGAUUGGAGUGAGACUGGGUGAUGUUACCACCUUCCCUGGGUUAAACACACUAGGACUUUCGAUAAACCUGAUCGAACUUGCAGCCGGUGGAAUUGUUCAAAUUCACACACACCCUCGAGCAUCUGAAGCUAAUUUUGUCAUAAAAGGGGAAGUCCUUUUUGGGUUCGUAAGUACUACUAGUGUUCUGUAUGCAAAGGUUAUGAAAGCUGGAGAGUUGUCUAUUAUUCCUAGAGGACUUGUGCACUUCGCGAUAAACGUACGACAUGAAAAGGCUGUUGUGAUAUCUACUUUCAAUAGUCAACUUCCAGGAUUUGCAUCAAUUCCUUAUAACCUCUUUGCUUCUAACCCAACAAUUCCUAACGAUAUUUUGGCUAAGAACUUCCAAGUUGGUGAGGCCGUCAUCGCUCUCAUAAAGUCCAAGUUUAACUAA